UACGAUCACAGGGAAUUGACAGCGAUUCUGACCUAUACAGUGAUGCUGGAACAAUCGUACCAGAGGAUGACACUCUGAAGAGCACUGGUAUUCUCGAAUUGGAGAAUAUGAGUUGUCUGUUGAUGGACGUGGAAGGAAUGAACUCUCAGGAUGUGGUGCCAGUGACUGAUGGUCAAGGUGAUGACCAAGUGGUGGAUACUGCUCAGGAAACGUUUGCUGGAAGUGUGGAUCCUGUAGCAUGCAGUUCACAGAUGGAAGAUGAUCGCAUAGAAGCUGACCAAGGUCAAGAUGUCAAGGACACAGAAGGUCAGAAAGUUUCUGACGAAGCAAAAAUUUUGGAAAAGGAGGUGGUAGAUUUAACAGUUGUUGAUAAAGAAACAGACAAUGACAGCACUAUGUUGAAGGUGACAGUGGAGGUAGUGGACAGUUCUAAUUCUACUGUGAUGGAAACUGAGGUCAAAGGUGAAGUGCCAGUGACCUCACAAAGUGAAGAGAAAAAUGAAGAGAUUAAAAAUGUACCUAAAGAUAAAAGUGAUACUGGACCAACAAAGAAUAAAUUUAAGUUCAAAAAGAAAAAGGAGGUGGAGAAAGUGGAGCACAAAAAACCAAAUGUAAAUGUGAAAUCUCGCCUCGGGGAUUAUAUUAAAGCUCCUCUGCCAGUAAAGGUUAAAGAGGAGGUGAAGGAACCUCCCAAACCAAAACAAAAUACUGAAAGUAAGAAAAAAAUUUCGAAGGAGGACACAGAAAAAUCCAAACAAAAUGGAGAUGAGGGUGUGAGUGAGGAGAGAAACAGGCGUAAGAAAGUGGAAAAGGAACCGCCAAAGAUUAUCAAACGUACACCUCCGAAAAGUAAGUGGGGCAAUAUAAUGUCACAAAUAGAGGAAGACAAAGGCAAAGUGAAGCCCAAGGCUGAGGUGAAAAGUAAGUUAGAGACCUACCUCUCGACACCGGCCCCAACUCCUCCCCCUAAAAAAGAGGAAGUCGCUAAAGAGGUCAAAUCUAAGGUCAAACUUCCAGCAGUGCCUAAACCAGAUUACAGCAAGGUCAAGAGUAAGCUAUGUCUGGGGCCUCCACCUCCUGUCAUCAAACGUGACCGUUCUCCAUCUGGAGGAGGGCGAGAUCAAUCUCCACGUUCUGGACGUGGCUCCAAGGGAGACAACAGUAGACGAACUUCCUCUGUCAGCACGGCUGGCAGUGUAGUGCCUAAACUCGAUCUCAAUGAUUCGCUUGGCAGCAGUGUGUUGGAUUCUGCUUUAAGUUCGGCUCGGAGCAGCCAAUCAGAGGCAAGUCGGACUGAUAAGACCGAUGAAGAAUCGAACACGCCCCGUCCUGGAAGUAAACCAGAAAACCCUGCAGUGGCUUUGAUUCGACGAGAACGACACGACAGUUCAUCUAGUUCAGUGUCUGACAGUUCACAGGGCUCUGUGAAGGUGAUGAAUGCUAAGAACUUGAAGAUUUCCGAGUCUAUUCCGACACGGCGGAAAUCCAUGCCCGCUAAAAGCAGCAUCCCCCCUCCCAUCAGAUCCCCCAAGGCGCUGUCACCAGCUCGCCCCACCUCAGGAAAACGUCUGUCAUCCACUGAUGCACAAACAACCAACAAAUCUACCAAUAACAUCACUAACAAAAAGUCUGGGGUUUCCUCACGAACCCCCAACAAACAAGAAGUCGUUACCAAGUCCAGUACAUCUCAGAAACAAAAUGACCAGAACCGCAACAAAACCAGUAAGACCAAGGCCCACCAGAAAUCUUCACCAAGCCAGCCAGACCCUGUCCAAACCAAGCAGGAGAUUUCCCGCCUCGAGGCUCUCUGUGAGGCACGUACCAAAGAACUCAACUUUGCCAAGCUACAAAUGAAGUCCAAUCUACAAGCUUUUGAUGCCAUGGCUACUCUUGUCAACUACCUUAGUCAUGAUCUGGAUGCCUUUUCUUGCCCUUCAUUGUCAGAGAAACUAAAGAAGCUUCAGUCAGAGAUGUUGGAGUCACAGUCGCAGCUAGCCGAGCUACAACAACGUAAGGCAAAGCUGGAGUCGGAGCUUGCUGACACACGACAGGAACAUAGAGAAACAACAACCACCAUGGAGGAGGAUCAUAAACUGUUAUUGACCAGUCAGAGAGAAAAACUCCAACAUGAGCAGGACAAGGCCGUUCAAAAAACGGAGGAUUAUUAUUCAGAUGAGAUCACCAGGUUGAAAGCCUAUCAAGAAAAACAGAUUCGUGAGGUGAAGUCAGAGAGCAAUGCCAGCAUGACUAAGUUACAGAAACAACAGAAAGACGAUAUCCGCAGUCUACAACAUAAACAUGAACAUCAAAUGGAGGAACUCCACAAGCAACACCGUGACAAGCUGGAGGACAUCACUCACAGAUUUGAGAGUAUGAAGAUGAAUCUGUCUGACAAAGUGGAGAGUUUGAGAUAUGAGUGUGACGACCUAAGAGUUCGGGCCAGGAUGAGUGAGGAGGCGCUUCAGAGGGACUCGGACUAUAAAGUACAGAUGGCAUUGGCACCGUUCAGACAGAUGCCAGAGGAGAUUCGGAGUCUCAAACUUGUCGUGGACAUGAGGAACGAGGAGAUACAGAAGCUGAGGCAGCGUAACAUGCAACUGGAAAAACAGGUGGAGGAAUUGGCUGCAACCAAGGAGAAGGUGAAUGCUCUACAGCAGAAGCUUGAGAACUCUGAGGCCAUCCUCAGCAUGAAGACUGACCAUGAGAAACAACUACAUGGAAAGUGUCAGAUCCUGAUGAGGAAGUAUGACAAAGAGAAUAAGGCAAACAAACGUCUGUCCAUGGACUAUGAGGAGCUUGUUUGGAAAAUGAACCAGAGUGGGGAGCUGGGAUCACAAGAAAACUUAUGGAGUGCUGGAAGUCAAUCUCCCACCCCAGAGGCUAGCUCCCCAGGGCUGGGGCGUCGUACACGCUCACCUGCUGUGUGUGACAAUGAUAGAUUCGCUAACAGGAAUGCUGUUUACCGCCGUUCUCUUUCCUCCAACCCAUCAGAGAAUGACGGAGACAAGAGACUGAAGAGGAGGUCUGCCAACUAUCUUCUAGAGGACAGGAAAACGUCCCCAACAGGGAGUCCUCUUCACAAACGUCCUCAUGGUUCUGCGUCUUCAACCUCCUCUUCCCCACUCCACCACAGCUACCAUGAUGGAGAGCUGUCCAAUGGGAGGACGGAUCGUUUGAUUCAGUCACUGAAUGAUGUGGAUGUGUUUGAGGAGCCCCAGGCCCUCCCAUCACCACCCCAUCCCUGUGAAAUGGAAGGAAGCUUAACUUCCUUUUCGUCUUCCUUCGACUCCCGAGAGAACGACCCAGUAUUAGAGUCAACAGACUGCCUCGGGCAGGAUGAUGAAGGCGACAAUUCAAAGACUCUCACUUCCAGCAGAAGUAUUACUAUGCCUGAUCUACCAUUUGUGGACUGCGAUAAGAGUGAGGAAGUGUCUGGUCAGGAUGAGGGUGUGUGUCUAACAGAAGAACAGGGGGAGGAUCAGGCGUCGGAUAUGUCUCAUUCCACUGAGUCAAACGCUUACUCUAACUCAUCAUCCCUCUUGUGGGAUUAUGAGAAAAUGGACUCUGUAAAGUCAAUGGACUCUAGUCAGACCAGCGACACACUGCUGGAACAGAACGGCUCUGAGGCAUGGCAAACAGAGUCAAUGACAUCCUCGAAAGGGAUAUCAGCAUCCUCUAGUGCCGAAUGUGUGCUGCCCUCUAGAGAGGGUAAGGACAAUGAUGGACAGACAAUUCAGGAAGUGGUAACAGUCACAUGUCGCCAGGAAUCAACAGUUUAAUGUUUGUGAUGUCGUUAGGUUACUGCUCCUAUGAUAUAAAACUCUACCAUACAAGUGUGUUAGAGUUGAAUUUUGUCCUACAUUUAAUGAAUAUCUGUAGGUAAACAAUUUUCGAUAACUUUUUCUCACACUGCAAUUUGAAAAGUUUUGAGUGGGAUCUUUUCUUCAAAGUGUUUUGAUAUGGGAAAAUUGUAGAGAUUAUUUUCGUUUCUACAACAAUUUUUGCAUUUUCUUUAGUCUAGAUAUUUUCUGUACUUGCACACAGUUAGGACAAAUUGUACAAGAAAAUGAUUUAAACAGAUUAAGAGUGAAAUUGUAAACAGAAUAUUGAUGUUUAGCAUGGCUGCAACUAUAGGAAGGGAGACAAUCCUGGAUCUCUCUGAAUAGUCUGUGAUAAUUAUUGGAUAACAUAAUAUAUACAGAAUCCCUUAAUGAUGCAAGCUUUUGCACAACUGUAAAGACAGGAAAUUUGGUACUAAGGAUGAACUUUGUAUAAAACACCUUCACUAUAUGCUGAAAAAUUAAAUAGCGCUAAAGAAAAGAUAUGCAGCGAAACUUAUCAUUUCAAGUCCAAAUUUCGAGGACCUGUCAGUUUGUACAUUAUUUUUCUUAUUUUUUUUUUUUACUUUUUUUUUUUGUUUCAUUUGCAAUAUAGAAUGUUCUAGUUCAUUAAGUUGGGAAGGUAAUUCACUCAAGAGUUUGGUUGAGUUAAUUAAGAUUGGUUACAAUGGACUUGAUUUAAUUAAUUAGAAGGUGCUUUUUCAUGAAGAUAUUGUUUGAUUAUUUUCAAUGGAAAAUUGAAAUGUUCAUGGUACAUAAUGUCUGGUGGGUGUGUUCAGGAAUUACCAUUAAAUAUAUAUUGACAUUUGCAAUAAGAUUAUAAAUAUAUACAUACCAUGCUGAAUGUGACACCAUUAAGAAAGUUGUCACUGCCAGACAAGAAAAUCUACCCAAACUCUUACUGCUACUUUCAGUACAGGGUAACUUGUUCACUCCAAACACCACAAGUUGUGGUCCACAGUACAAAACUGAUAGAAAUUUAUUAAUUUAGAUGUUGGAUAUAUGAAGAUAUCCUGAUGACACAAGGUUCAAAAAUAGAGUGACUUAGUUGAUGUAAAAACGUUUCUGAAUUGCACAAAUUUCCAGAUUACACAUGAUCUAAGAAAGGUAAAAUUCUGAUUCUACAUUAUGCAGAGUUUGGCAUUUACAAAUUACAUUGUGCAAUGGAAAAUGUCUUCAGAUGUCAUUUUUUGUGCCAUUGUUAAGUCAUCUAUCAUGAUAAUCAUGUGUUUGACAUAUGCUGUAAGUUUUUCCCGAGAUGGACAUGUCAUCAAAUGUUGACAAUGUCACGGGCAUUAUUAUUCAGAUAUAUACUUAUCAACUUUGCCAUUGGUUUAAACAGUAUUUUAUUGUUAAAAUAAGCAAACAGAAUGGUGAUGAAAAUUACUUCAGCAUGCCAAAUAUAUAUUCUUCAUAAUUCAAGUCUGUUCACAGAGACUAAUAUUUAUUAAUAACAUUUACAUAAAAACAGAUUUAUUAUGAAAAUGUACUUAAUUAUAGGUAUGCAAUUUUUUUUUCAAAGCAUUUUCUCCUCUGUGAAAUAUAUAUGAAUGAUUUCCUUUCAGAAACACUCGGAAACACAGUUAUUUCCCUUGUGAGAUAUGAAUUAUUCCCCAUUGUUGUAUAACUAGAUGUUGAUAUGACUGACUGUAAUGAAAUCCAAUUACAAUUUGAUGAUCUCAGUACAUUAACCAUACAUGUUUAUGUCAUGCCGUUUUUUCCUCAAAACUUCAAAUUCUUAUGUUACAUUUUCACAGCUGUGUAGCAAUGGGACAUUAAUUAUGUCAGAGUUAUGUCCCCUCGCUUUUCACAAUAUGUGCUUUUUACUCAUUUUUUCACUUGUUUUAAAUUGACAUUUUUCUCUUCUUCAAUUUUGUCAUUACAAAUGUAAUCUUUUUUGUAAAAUUGGUUUGGAUUAGAACUAUAUAACUUCCAGUACUUUUCUCAGGAUUUCAUUGUCUUUGUAGAUUUUAAUUGUAAUUAGCUCUACAAAUAUUCAUACUUCACUCGUUAUAAAUAUACCAUCAUACUGACUCACAAAUUACCAUCAUACUGAUUCACAAAUUAUUUACCUUUAUCAUAUAUAUCAUUGUAAAUACAGAAGUCACAUUGUUAUACAUGUAUUCACUAUACGUCCUAAUUGUUCUGUGGUUGUAUAUGUGUUGUAUUUAUGUAAGAAAUGUCGGAACAGGAUAUUUAUUAAAUGCUAAGCCUACAUUAGACGGACUGGGCAUUUUUUCCCACUUGUAGUCAUUGUGAUUUGUAAUAUUACAAUUUUGAUGUUGUGUUACAUAGUGCUGAUCUACAUAUUUAUUUACAUGUACUUAAGACUGUGUGUGAAAAUCGAGAUGUAAGAGAGUGUAAUUUUCAAACUUCCUUAUACAAUUUCCUGUUCACAUAUUACUUGUCCCAGGCACAUUUAUUCAAUGAAACGUGACUUCAAUAGAAUUUUUUUUUUUAAAUAGACAUGGAUCUUAAGUAUAAAGCAGAUGUAGUAAGUCCUAAUUUUCAUUUACACGAUUUGAUCCUGUCUUACAAACACAUCUGUUUAUAACUACCCUAGCAGGUGUUUCAUGAAAUGGUAAGAAAUGGGACCAAAUAGAUCACUCAUUACUCACAGUAUAUACCAGUAUUGUAAAAUUUGGUACUUUUGAGGGGCAGUAAACUUUGGCUACUUCAUAGGAUGGAAUACAUGAGUGAAUCAUGUGCAACUUGUGAAUUAGAGUCAACUAUAAUCUGUUUUCGAUGAAAACCAGUACAUUCUCUUUGUGCCACACAUUUAGUUUCAAAAAUUUGAUUCAUCAAUGAAAAAUAAAAAUCAUACAAUCAUUUUUAACUUUUUUGGGGUUUUGAUGAAGGAUUUCAAAUGUAAGAUAAAGGAACUGCCAUUGAUAUUCUCAAAGAUAUUUACAACCAUCAAAUAAUUGAUCAUAGAAGACUAAAACAUGGAUCUCCAUGUGUACAUUAGUGUAAUGUAAAUCUUAUUUAGGAAGUGUGUAUGGGAGAAGGUUGUAUAUAGUCAUUCCAUGUUGAGGUUGGGUAAAGUAGCGAACAUCCUUAAUAUCAGGAGACCAGUAUAUACAGGUUUGAGUGAGUCCUGUAUGAUGACGGCCCAUUACAUACAUGUAAGUCCUGUAUGUUGAGGGGUCCAGUAUACACAGCUGUGAGUCCUGAAUGUUGAGAGGCUGGUAUACACAGCUGUGAGUACUGAAUGUUGAAGGCCCAGUAUAUACAGGUUUGAGUGAGUCCUGUAUGUUGAGGGCCCAUUACAUACAUGUAAGUCCUGUAUGUUGAAGGCCCAGUAUACACAGCUGUGAGUACUGAAUGUUGAAGGCCCAGUAUAUACAGGUUUGAGUGAGUCCUGUAUGUUGAGGGCCAAUUACAUACAUGUAAGUCCUGUAUGUUGAAGGCCCAGUAUACACAGCUGUGAGUCCUGAAUGUUGAGAGGCUGGUAUACACAGCUGUGAGUACUGAAUGUUGAAGGCCCAGUAUAUACAGGUUUGAGUGAGUCCUGUAUGUUGAGGGCCCAUUACAUACAUGUAAGUCCUGUAUGUUGAAGGCCCAGUAUACACAGCUGAGUGUACUGAAUGUUGAAGGCCCAGUAUAUACAGGUUUGAGUGAGUCCUGUAUGUUGAGGGCCCAUUACAUACAUGUAAGUCCUGUAUGUUGAGGGGUCCAGUAUACACAGCUGUGAGUACUGAAUGUUGAAGGCCCAAUAUAUACAGGUUUGAGUGAGUACUGAAUGUUGAAGGCCCAGUAUAUACAGGUUUGAAGGAGUCAUGUAUAUCAGAUGCACCCUGGAUAUAUGUGCUGGGGCAUGUCCAGUGUACAUAUGUACCAGCUCUACUUUAGAGGGUGUGUGUCAGUGUACAUAUGUACCAGCUCUACUUUAGAGUGGGUGUGUCAGUGUACAUAUGUACCAGCUCUACUUUAGAGUGGGUGUGUCAGUGUACAUAUGCACUAGCUCUACUUUAGAGUGGGUGUGUCAGUGUACAUAUGUACCAGCUCUACUUUAGAGUGGAUGUGUCAGUGUACAGUGUACUAGCUCUACUUUAGAGUGGGUGUGUCAGUGUACAUAUGCACUAGCUCUACUUUAGAGUGGGUGUGUCAGUGUACAUAUGUACCAGCUCUACUUUAGAGUGGAUGUGUCAGUGUACAGUGUACUAGCUCUACUUUAGAGUGUGUGUGUCAGUGUAAGAGUAUGCAAGGUUGUUGUUGUCUUAUUGUCUGUAUGGUCAGAUUUAGCGACAUUCUUUGCUAAUGUUAUUAGCAAAAAAACUGUGUUCAACCAGUACAAGUUACUGUUUAUAAUAAAAUGUAUUUGCUGCAACUUCA